AUGCCUCCCACAAAUACCUCCGACGUCAUGAAGGGCGCUACUCCCUCGCCUAGCCCGGCACCCGUCCCGAAAGGCUCGCCGGGCCCGAACACACCUCCCGCGGGGGUCAAGCGCAAGAGAACCGCCGCGGCGAAAUACUACGCCGUGAAAGCAGGCUUUAAGCCAGGAAUUUAUUAUGGAUGGCCAGAGUGCUUGGCUCAGAUCACAGGGUACAAGGGAGCCAUUUUCCAAUCGUUUUUAAGCCACGAAGAUGCGACUGCUUUUUUGAAUGGUGUUAAGAGCUCGUCCAGCCAGGCUGCGGAUGGCACAGAGAGAUUUUAUGGGAUACAAAGAGGUCGCGUUCCGGGCGUUUACACGGACUGGCCAAAAGCACAGGAACAAAUCAAAGGAUUCCCACGUCCACGGUAUCGCAAGUUCCCUACUCGGGAAGAGGCAGAAGGAUUUGUGCGUGAGGGACAAGGGCAAGUUCGACCUGUUGAGUCUGGACCUGCUAGCGUAAAAAAACCCACUGGACCACAUGGAAUUAUGAGUGAACCUCCUAAAGAUGCUGAAGGGGUCGAGUUUGCAGCCGGGGAAGGUCCUAUCCCGAUAGGUGCGGAAGAUGGAUUUGACCCUAAUGUGUUGCUGGACCCAUCAACAGGGAAGGUGGUUUACAAGACAGCACCCCAGAAAGCUGCUACUAAGACACAGGCGGCAGGAAUUCCUGGGAUGCUACGAAUCUACACGGAUGGAAGUUCCUUGCGUAAUGGAACACCAUUGGCAUCAGCUGGCGUUGGUGUUUAUUUUGGACCGGGUGAUUCAAGUAGAAAUGUGUCAGAACCAUUGAAAGGUACUCGUCAGACGAAUCAGCGGGCUGAACUAACUGCCAUUCUUCGAGCAAUCGAUAUUGCUCCCCGGCAUCGAGAUGUUACUAUCUUCACAGAUAGUAAAUACUCGAUUGAUUGUGUCACUGUUUGGUUCGUCAAUUGGCGCCGGAAUAAUUGGAUGACGAAGGAUAAGAAACCUGUGGAGAACCGAGAUCUCGUGGAGUCCAUUUUGGUGAAGAUUGAGGAACGUCAAGAACUUAAGGUUAAGACCUUGUUUCAGUGGAUCAAGGGACAUGCCAAUGAUCCUGGGAACGAGGCCGCAGAUAGACUCGCAGUCAAUGGAGCUCAUGAGGGUGUGAAGCAAAAGGCCGAGGCGUUGGAAGCUGCUCGAGAUAUUCCUGAUGAGCUAUUGGAGGAUAAUUUUUGA